UUAUUUUCUCGACUUUCAAAAUCUAGGUUUCGAAUUUAAUUAGUAUAUGGGAGAUUUUCCUGAAAGUGAGCGUGGGGAAACGAAUAUAUUUUUCUUCCAGAAAGCCAAGAUCUGGGAAAUGUGGAUCCAUUAUUAGAUUCUGAGCGUGGCUUGAGAAGUUCGGUAGAUCCAGCUGAUUGUGUCACGGAAUUCUCAGAUAAUUCGAGACACAAUAGUAAACCCAUUCCGGCAGAAUUUGAACAGGUUUGCAAAUGUUCCGAGACCAAACCUAAUCAGCAAUUUGCAACGGACGAGUAUUAUAAUUCCGAAGAAUCCGAGUUCCAAGGACGCGAAAGAUUGGCCCAUGGUAAUUAUGGGAAGUGCAGACAGACGAUAAGACCCGUCUGAAGUUGUUUACUACAAGCUCUUUCGGUGAGAUAUUCCACGAUGACAAUCUCGAAAGCAUAAUCCAGUCUUCGUAUCAAGAAAAUGACGCGGAAAUGUGCACCAUGUCAUAACGCGCGACGCCACGAAGAACCGAUCAUCAGAAUCCUGGAACAACGUGAUCAAAAUUCGUUCAUCGAUGAGAGGUCCUUCAUACCACAACAAAGGCCAUGUUCACCCGUCCAGAAACAAUUUCAAAUGACCGGCACAGACCAUGAUACACCCAAGGAGGUUUGUUGCGUGAAGAACACCUCUGGUCUAAAAAAAUUGAAAAGAUUCGUCUUCGACUCCGCCCAUACAGAAAAAUCAACUAAGAUCAUUUGGUUCCUUCUCGGAGUCCUCGGGAUACUGAUAUCUUACUAUACACUACUUCCCUACUUUUGGGAUAUCGCUUGUAACAUGAUUUACUCCAUCCUCGGAGUAAUAGUCGGCACCACAUCCCUUUUAGUUUUAUGCACAAGAGAAGAGGAGCCAAAAAGUCUGCCAAAAAGGAGAUCAACGCUGGAAAGAACCGAAUACAUGGAAAAGGAGCGACUUGAUGAACAUGUCCAACCCGUGUCACUUGAAGCUCGUGAUCGAACAGAGAACGCUUCAGCUGCAGAAAACGAAAACGGUGAACCAAUUGAUUGGGGACAAACGGUGGGGCAGGUCGAAUAUGUCAAGAAGGAAGAAAGUGCUGACCCCAGUGGACCUACUUUGACGAAAUCUCCUGAUCAGAUAGGGGAUGUUCCAGUUUUAAAAGAAGAGACAACGACCGAUACCGCUGGAGAAGUUCCCCAGGCAAUCGAGGAAGAACCUGGAGGUGAUAUAGAAAACGCAAACAUGAGUCAUGUAUCUGAGAGCUGAAUAAAGAAGCGUAAUGGCCAUCGGUCCGCCAUUAUGAAGUGCCAUUAGCAUGCCAGACUUUAUUCACGGCCUGAGAAUGAUUGGCGAUACGAUAUAUGGCAGAAAGGUACCCACACGUUUCGCUCUUAUCAUCAGCAGUUCCCGUUCUGCCGCCAUGCUCGGCGAAGAGUCCCGUGGGCGAUUUUGCGUGUUCGGAACCGGUUCAAAUCGGGAUUUCUGGAUUUUUUUCCUCAAGUGCGUUACAGGCGAGCUAUUAACCCUCUAGAGCUCGCAUCUAGCGAG